AUGGGUCUAGGUGUUUUGGAGUCCAAGACCUUGGACCAUGUCCCAGGCACGACGCGCUACUUCGACGACCCUGACCGACCGCAAGCUGCGACCGAUGCUCACCAUGGAUUGAAGGUCGACAACAGUGGUGAUGUGCCCAUUAUUUUGAUUCCCCAGCCCUCCGACGACCCGAACGACCCUCUCAAUUGGCCCCUUUGGAAGCGCGACCUCAUCACCUUCGUCCUCUCCAUUACCGCCAUCUUCGCAACCGCCCUCGGUCCCAUCCUCGCCGCGAACACCGUCACGGUCGCUCUUCUCUUCCGCAGGAGCUUCACCAACGUUGCUUUGUUGACGGGCUACUUCCUGCUGGGAGUUGGUGCAGCUGCCAUCUUUUUUGUGCCAUCGGGUCGUGUCUGGGGCAAGCGACACCUGUUCAUCAUUGGAAUAUGCAUUCUCAUCGCCUCGUCCGCCUGGGCCGGUGCAGUCGGCACCAAUUACAACUCGCUGCUUGGGGCGCGCAUCGUCCAGGGUGUUGGCUGCGCUCCCUUCGAGACCCUCGUCAAUGCCGCUGUGGGUGAUUUGUACUUCGUCCACCAGCGGGGCUCCCGCAUGGCCUUCACGAACCUGGCUGUGUUUGGCGGCGCCUUCUUCACCCCCAUCGUCGUGGGCAAGAUUACCCACAGCAUCGGCUGGUGGUGGACGUUUUACCUUGAGGCAAUCUUCUGUGCCGUCAUGCUUCCCGCCGUCAUCUUCUUGUGCCCCGAAACCGCUUAUCGACGCGAUGCCGCCUUGAAUACCGAUAUGGUGGCUAGGCCGAACGAUAACGACGCCAAACUGGCAGGCAACUAUGGCCAGGGCAACAUGCCGUAUGAUCACGAGAAGAACCCAGCAGACACGGCCACGCAGGCACCUGGUAUGGGGUCAAACCAUGGAGUUGAAUAUCGGGAGAAGACUUUCAUACAAUCUCUCAACCUUUUCGACGGUCGCAAGACGAAUGAAAGCUACUGGAAGCUCCUUCUACGCCCGUUCCCGCUCUUCGCCCAGCCAGCAUUCAUAUGGGGCUGCCUCGUUCAGGGAACCAUGAUCGGCUGGACAGUCUUCAUUGGUGUCAUCGUAGCUGCCAUCUUCUUGGGACCUCCUUACUACUGGAAUGAGGUUUACGCUGGGUACGCGUACGUCGGAGCGUUUGUCGGAGCACUCGUUGGGUUCAUCAUCGCCGGUGCGUUUUCCGACUGGAGCGCCAAGUUCUUGACCCGUCGUAACAACGGCGUUUACGAGCCCGAAUUCCGCAUCGUCAUGGUGAUUCCCAUGUUCAUCAUCGGCUCCAUCGGUCUCUAUGGUUUCGGAAUCACUGCGGCCGGUCUUAUCGAUAGGCACUUCCACUACAGCGUUCCGCUUGUCUUCUUCGGUUUCGAAGUCGCGGGUAUGGUGAUCGGUGCCGUCGCAAGCUCUUUAUACAUUGUUGACGCCUAUCGUGACCUCGCCAUCGAAGGCUUCACCUGUAUGAUCAUUUUCAAGAACAUUUUCAGCUUCGGCCUGACUUACAGCGCCUACGACUGGAUCAUCGACGGCGGUAUCAAGCCCACAAUGAUUGCCAUCGCCAGUAUCCAGGUUGUGGUCUGCGCUUUGAGCAUUCCUAUGUACAUCUAUGGCAAGCGCGUUCGCGCGUAUUUCCAUCAGCACGACUUACUCGAGCUGACUCGGCUCCGCUAG